AUGGCUACCUACCACAGCGAUGACAAGGAGGACUUUGCCACCAUUAAGCAUGCUGAGGAUGUCAGGGAGCAGUCACCAGACUCCGAGCUCAAGAAUGAGAUGCAGAGCGAGUUCACGCCUGCCGAGGAGAGGAAGAUCAUGCGUCGAAUCGAUCGUCGACUUGUCGUUACCAUCGGUUUGAUGUAUUGCGUCUCGCUCAUGGACCGCACCAAUUUGGCCAAUGCUUCCAUCGCCGGCAUGAGGACUGAGCUCAAGAUGAACCCCAAGACUCCAGCUGAACCUGMUGGCAACGGAAUGGCCUAUUCGAUCGUCACUCUGGUCUUUUUUAYMACCUACGUUUUCUUCCAGCCUCCGGCUACUGUCCUCACCAAGAAGAUUGGCCCACGCAACUUCCUGUCAGCCAUCUGCUUUCUUUGGGGCUGUACCAUGAUUGGUAUGGGUUUCGUGAAGAAGUGGCAACAGCUGGCGGCUCUCCGAGUCGUUCUGGGUAUCUUCGAAGCAGGUUUCUUCCCUGGCUGUGUCUACCUCCUCAGCACCUGGUACUGCAGAUACGAAAUGGGCAAGCGUAACGCUCUCUUCUUCCUGAUCGGAAUGAUGGCAUCAGCUCUCGGCGGCGUUUUGGCAUAUGGACUAAUGCAGAUGGAUGGGCUCGGAGGCUAUCAGGGUUGGAGCUGGAUUGUAGGUGCUUUCAUCUUCGGUUGCAAGAUCUCGCUGACCCCAAAACAGUUCAUCAUCGAAGGCAUCAUGACUGUGCUGGUCGCGAUUGGCGGUUACAUAUUCCUUGUGCCCUUCCCCGAUGACGGCCCUGAGAAAUGCUGGGGAUUCUUGAACGCCCGGGAGGUGGCGUGGGUCAUCGCACGUGUUGACGCAGAUCGUGGCGAUGCGCAAACAGAGCCCUUCGAUUUGAUCAAGUUCCUCAAGCCAGCUCUCGACAUGAAGAUUUGGGGGUUCGCUUUGAUCUUCUUUUGUGUGACUACACAAACAUACGCUUUGGCUUUCUUCAUGCCAAUCAUCCUGGUAUUCGGACUUGGCUUCGAUGUUGGUAUCGCUCAGGUUCUCGUUGCGCCACCUUACAUCUUCGCUGCGAUCAUUAUGAUUGUAUGUGCAUGGAUAGGUGAUAAGCACAAGAUCCGAGGCCCGCUUUUGAUCUUCAACGCCACCAUGGCUAUUGUCGGUCUGGCAAUCACGGGAUGGGUCGAGACCGUCGGCGUCCGAUAUUUCGGCAUCUUCUUGGUCUGCGCUGGAGCCAACGGAAAUAUCCCGCAAGUCAUGUCCUACCAAGGAAACAACAUUCGAGGACAGUGGAAGCGUGCCUUCUGCAGUGCCACCCUGGUUGGCUUUGGUGGUAUCGGCGGUAUUGCCGGAUCCCUAGUAUUCCGUUCUCAGGACUCGCCGGAUUACCUUCCAGGUCUCUGGGCAUGUAUCGCUGCAUCGGUCUUGAUCAUUGUGCUUGUGAUCAUCUUGGACAUCUACUUCUACUUCCAGAACGCGAAGCAAGCACGUGGUUCAUAUGCCAUUGAGGGUGCUGAUGAUGGCUUCCGAUAUACGCUAUAG